UGCACGCAUAAAGUGAAUAGGCUCCUCCUAGUCAAGAUACCGCCAUAAAGAUGUGACAAUAUUUAAGAAUAGGUCAUCCCAUGCUCUCUCUUGAGAACAGUGUCGGUGAGAUCGAUUUCAUUACUUUUCAGAGACGCUCACAUGGUUAGAGAGAUGAACUUCGAGGGGGACAGCGGCCUGUCAGUGAUUUGUGGCAAUGGGAAACUUAGACAGUGGCUGAUCGAUCAGAUUGACAGCAGCAUCUAUCCCGGACUGGUUUGGGAGAAUGAAGAGAAAAGCAUUUUCAGGAUUCCGUGGAAACAUGCGGGCAAACAGGAUUACAAUCGUGACGAGGAUGCUGCACUCUUCAAGGCCUGGGCAUUGUUCAAAGGGAAACAUAGGGAAGGAGUGGACAAACCAGACCCCCCCACAUGGAAGACCAGACUGCGAUGUGCUCUGAACAAAAGCAAUGACUUUGAUGAGCUGGUGGAGCGAAGCCAACUGGACAUAUCCGAUCCUUUCAAAGUCUACAGAAUCAUACCGGAGGGAGCUAAGAGAGGGAUCAAGAUGGCAGAGACGACGUCCCACAUGAGCUCAGUCAACAGCUACCCUAUGCACUCUCUAUACCCAUCUCUACAGAGCCAGGUGUCUGGCGGAUUCAUGAUUCCUCAGGAGAGGAAGGAGUGGAGGGAUUACAGCCACACACUGGACCAGCCUCAGCUUCACCAGCCACCCCACACUGAGCUGCAGUACAGCCAGUGCCACUACCCACAGCCACUCAGCCGACCCUGGCACACCGGGCCACACACAGAUAACGGUUAUCAGUUUACUGGCUCCUUCUGUUCCUACUCUUCCUCAGAGUCUCACCCCACAGCAUUUAAAAUGGACCACAACAUGUCUACCCUUUCUGACUUCCGACUGCACAUAUCCCUGUUCUACCGUGAGUCUCUGGUCAAGAAGGUAACCACCUCUAGUCCUGAAGGCUGCCGGAUCACCUCUUCUUCCUCCUCAUCUUCCUCUCCGUCCUCCCUCUGCCACGAGGACAGGCUGUACAGUGGUGCAGAGACGGUGCAGUUCCCCUCCCCUUACCCCCAGUCUCAGAGGAGAGGGGCAGAGAAGCUACCCAACGUCCUGGAGAGGGGAGUGCUCCUGUGGAUGACGUUAGAUGGGCUCUAUGCCAAGCGGCUGUGCCAGAGCCGAGUGUACUGGGAAGGCCCGCUGGCACCCUACACGGACAAACCCAAUAAAUUGGAGAAAGAACAGACCUGCAAGCUGUUUGACACCCAGCAGUUCCUCACUGAGCUGCAGGGGUAUGCCCACCAUGGCCGUCCCAUGCCCAGGCACCAGGUGGUGCUGUGUUUCGGAGACGAGUACCCGGACACCCAGCGCCAGGCCAAGAUGAUCACAGCACAGGUGGAGCCCAUGUUUGCCAGGGGCAUGAUAUACUUCAGCCAGCAGAGCAGCAGUCACUGCCUGAGGGACUAUGAGCUACAGGGACACACAGAGAUCUCCCUUCCGGCUCCAGGAGUCUACCAGAGGACCCUUCAACAGAGCUCCCCUUUAGCUCCAGGAGACUACCAGAGGACCCUUCAACAGAGCUCCCCUCUAGCUCCAGGAGACUACCAGAGGACCCUGCAACACAUGCAGGAGUAACACACAAACAGGCCCCAGGAGCCAUGGACAUGAAUGUAGAUUGACCAAUGAGCUUUACAUCGCUUCUCCUGAAUAGUGUACAGUAUACUGAGGUCUUGGACUAAAAUACCUUACCGUAAUUUUAACGUAAGACUGGACUGUGCCUCCAUCGUCAGUGUCAGCAGUUUGAGCCAAUGAUCAAUGUUAAAAAUGGGGGCGCUUAAAGAAUCUACCCUAGUUUGUACAGCCUUACAAUUAUUUUUGUAAUCAACCAUUUUUUGUUGUUGUUCUAUUAAAUGCUAUGAAAAAGUGAAUACCUAUCACAUGAGGUGAUGUGUGUUACUCGUAUUCCUGUGACAUCUGUGGGUGAUGAUGGGAAAGCUCCUGACCUGUGAUAGUGGUGUGGGAGGGAGAACCCCACUACUUAGCCUCUCUCGUUCUCCUCUCUCUCAUUUUCUUUCAACGAGAGGGGGAUGCAUGUGUAUUUGUGUGCAUGUGACAUGGUGACAAUGUAUAGGAUGUGGUUUGGGGUAGAGGGUUUAGGGUGGGUGAUGGGGGACCAAUGUGAAGCAGAGCGGGACUGUCAGAAGCAGGAAGGACAAUUCACAGGUGCACAGGAAGAAGAGUAGCCCUUAUGAGAAAUUAAGACUUGAGAAGGAAGAAGAAGCCAAAUGUAUAUGAAUGAAGAAUACAAAUGGAUCAUUGAUAUAUUGAAGUGUCUCACACAGAGAGAAUUUCUGUGUAGUAUAUUUUCACCCAUUUAUCAAACAAUCUAUGAAAGGGGUUCACUCCACUUAAGGCCAGGCACUGAAUACAACUCCCUUGACAUAUUUUGAUUAUUUAUGAACAACAAUAGGUAACUUUGAUGCAACCUAACUGAAUAACGAUUAUUGUAUUCUUCUAUUUUCUUGAUUAUCCGGCUCCAUAAUCUUCCAAUCAUAUAUUUCUAUUGUCUACUACUUCACCAUCUCACAACUGAUUGAAAAAAGGGCAACCCUGGUGUACAGUGCUUUUGGAAAGUAGUCAGACCUCAGAGCUCAGAGAGGAUUGUGUCGAGGCACAGAUCUUGGGAAGGGUACAAAAACAUCUCUGCAGCAUCGAACGUACCCAAGAACACAGUGGCCUCCGUCAUUCUUAAAUGGAAGAGGUUUGGAACCACCA